CUAUAUAAGCAACCGAAAUGUUCGACUAUAAUUUUAUAUAGCGCGCGCGAGGGAUCGAAUCGAAUCGAAAACGUGUGGAUAAUUUCACUAUGGAUAAUGUGUUUCUAAAAUCCCGAUAAAAAUACAUAUAUUUUAGAAAAGAUAUAUCGAUGAUGUGAUAGUGAUCAAAACAACGAGAUCGAACGAUUACGGUUAUGUUUCUCAUCCGUCUCCGCUGCGCAGUCGAUUCGCAAAUACCGUUAGUCCGCGCAGCUGUCUCAGCAUCCGAAAGUGCCAAUAAAGAAUAAUAACAAUAAACAAAGACCAACAACAAGUGGUGUAAAAAAAGUGCCAGAAACGUCUGACACACUUUUUAGUGACUUGGACAGACGGUCAUUUUCACUAAUUGCUGACACACAUAAUUUCCCUAACUGGCGGAAAAUAAAAGAGUAACAAGCGCGAAAAGAGAGCAAACGUCGAGCGCAAAUUGAAUUUACGGUGCCCCAUCAAAGUCAAGUCGGCCGACUCUAACUAAUUUAAUGAUCAAAAGUAACACAUUUUUUUUCGCAUACGGCGUCAGCCGCUGAGCGGUGUUAAUUGAAAGUGUCACGCGUCGUUUAAAUAAAAUAAUAAUUCCCAUCGACUGGUUUCGUCUAUGUGACGUGAGUGACAGUGCCAUGUGGUCGGGUGAAGUGGCCAAAACCAGAGGAUCAGCCAUAUCCUGGCUGGUCCUUGUGUUAUCCUCGGCGGCGGCACAGGCUGCCACGCCAUUCGCGAAGGAGUACCGCAGCGUGGGGCUCUUCAAUAGCAACACUCUCGUUGAUCUGGAUGGAUCUACCACUCUGGACAUGGGCUUGGAGAAGCCAACUAGCAGCAGCGGUCUAAAUGGAGGCUUUAAGGCAGAGUCGUCGGUGGUUCUACCGGAAAUGCAUCAUAAUUCAGGUUGCCCGGCGACGACGAGUUCCCAUUGCCUGCGAUGCAACAAGGCGGGCUGCAUCAAGUGCCCAAUGUACCUGGUGACGGACACGAGGCAGUGCGUAGAUCAGUGCCCCGCUGGUUACUUAGAUCAGUGGUCUGCCCACACGGAGUUCAUGGGCAAGGUGUGUGUACCCACCGGCUAUUCUGGACCACUGAUGGCCGCUCUGGCAGGUCUUCUUGGUGGUUUCCUAGUUUGUCUAUCCCUUCUGGCUGUGGCCGUAAUGUUGGUCAAGAGGAAACGUCGGCGAAAGUCAAUCAAACAGAAGCUCAUCAACGAGAAUACCAUGGAUCGGGCGGAUUUCAUGAGGCAGCUGAACGAGAUGCGUCCGAAUGCAGAGUACUUUCUGGCCAUGUUGAACGACACCCGACGACAGAUCAGGAAGCUGUAUCUGUCGGGCGAGGUCGCGGCUGCCAACUCCUACAGGCCUAUUGUCCGGGACCUGGCCAAGCUGCUCAUCCUGCUGAAUAGGCCUAUUGAGUUGAUUCCAGCCCCGCCACCAGAUUGGUCCAGGCUGUAUGCCUGGUCGGAGCAGGCUCUGGAGCGAUACAAGCCACAGGUGGGCCAGCUUAUCGACUUCUUCCAGGCCUCUCAUGGUCACAGUGCUGGUCACCAUGAGGCGCUCUACGCUGCGCCGGCUAAGAAGAAGCAAAUGCAGCAGGCCAGUAUCUUCCGGCAACAGGUGACGCCGACGGCGACGCCGCAGGGAGUGGGCGAACUGAUGGCCGGCGAUCGGAACAGUAAUGCCUCGGCGCAGCAGAAGCUGCAUCUGUUUGGCUCGCUGAUCAGCCUGCACGAGUUCGAGGAGCCACGGGCCUCGGAUCCCUUUGGCAGCAGCUUCAACACGCUGAAGAGCGGCAAUCUCAUCUCUGAUCUCAACGCUAGCUCGCUGUGGCUGGAGGACGAGUUCUACAAGCUGGGCUUUCGACCGCAGGACGAGAUCACAACGGAGCUGUAACCGCAUCACAAAACUCACACUCAAAACUUAAUGUAAAAGAAGUAUUAUCCCGACUGGCGGCGCUAGACGUUUCAGUCUAGUGCCAGUUCAGCUGGGGAAAAGAAGCAUUUGCGUGCACAUUCCGCCAGGCCAUCAUAAUCAUCAUCAUCAACUUCAACUCCAUCGACGAGCUAACUGGGAGGCCAUUUAGCCGGAGCCGCUAAAUGCCCACGUUUAGAGCUUAGUUAGAUCAGUUAAGAAAGCAAACUAGUCACGUAAAAUCACAAACAAAACCAUCAACACAUAACGAUGCCUUGGAGAAGGAGCAAAUGCAAAUGGAAAUCGCGUGGAAAUGAAUUUAGUUUUAUGGAUUUUACAAAAAUCGCAACAAUCAUGUAACGAACAAUAUUCAAUAUACACACUAUAGAGAUACUAUUCAAAUAAUAAUUAAGUUGUUUAGCGUUAGAAAAGCGAUACUUAUAGCUAUAGCUUACGUAGACAGAGAUUAUAAAGCUUAGUGAAUACGAAAUGGAUAAUAAAAUCGUGUGCCUUAAGAGCGUAAAA